AUGGCCGUCUCUGCACUUCCCCCCUCCACGACCCCCGCGCUCUUCAGCCUCGGAAACCGCACAACGCUGGUGACUGGCGGUGCGCGCGGUCUCGGCCUGACCGUCGCGCACGCCCUGCUCGAAUGCGGCUCGGACGUUGUGGCAUUCGACCUCCUCCCGCCUGUCGAGGACGAGUGGGCAUCUGCACAGGCCGCAGCCACCGAGGCCGGCACGACGCUCACCUACGUCGCGCUGGACGUGACGGACGGCGACGCGGUCGACCUCGCCGUCGCAGACGCAUUCAAGAACGCGCGCCAGAGCCACCCGGUCCGCGGCCUGUUCCACGCGGCGGGCAUCCAGCUCCUGUGCGCCGCGACAGAGCUCACGCCGGGACAAUGGCGCAAGAUCAUCGACGUAAACCUCACGGGCUCGUACCUCCUCGCAGCGGCGUUUGCGCGGUCCUUCUUCGCGGCCUACCCGCAAGCCGCAGACGGCACACUGCCCACGUCCCAGGCGGCCAGCAUCGUGUUUGUGGCCAGCAUGAGUGGCCGCGUCGCCAACUUGGGCAUCGACUGCGCACCUUACAAUGCCAGCAAGGCCGGUGUGAGCCAGCUGGCGCGUAACCUCGCUAUGGAGUGGGGCAAGAAGGGCAUCAGGGUUAACUCGCUCUCACCUGGUUAUAUCCGCACCGCCCUCACCGACGUGCUCCUCAAGCAACGCCCCGACUUUGAGGAGACCUGGACGGCGGGCUCGCUCAUGGGCCGUCUUAGCACUCCCGAUGAGUUUAGGGGCCCCGUCGUGUUCCUCCUCUCGGACGCAUCGAGCUUCAUGACUGGCUCAGACCUGGUCGUCGAUGGCGGUCACACUGCCGUUUAA